UACAAGCAACACGGAAAGACAAACAGAUAAAUCGAGAUGCGUGCUGAUUUCCCGCUUCUGAUUCUGCUGGUCUGCGGCACGGGUGUGACGGGAGAACACUUGUUCGAGGCGAUCGACCUGCAGCGGAGUCCACGAGUUGUAGGCGGCCACCGCAGCAAGGUGCGGAACCAGCCGCACAUGGUGAACAUUCGAAGAAAUGGAAAAUUUGAGUGCGGCGGCUCCCUGGUGACCCCGCACUGUGUGUUGACAGCCGCCCACUGCCUUGUGGACGGGCAGCCGGAGGAGUAUGUGGUGCGCGGAGGCGUCACGUUUCUCAGCGACAUGAGACAUGCGCGCCACGUGAAGCAUAUCCUGCUGCCCUCGGCCUACAGCCACUUCACCCUGAACCACGAUGUGGCGCUGCUGCAGCUUCAGCAGCCCCUCAAGGAGCCGAUCGCCAGGCCCAUCCGCCUGGCCAUCAGGUCGCCACGGAUCGGCUCGUUUGUCCGGGUCUCCGGCUGGGGCCUGACGGACGAAGAUUCCACGCAACUUCCGAAUCAGCUGCACAGCGUCCACGUGCGCGUUAUGCCGCGACAGGAGUGCCAACAGCUGUACGGCAGGUACCGGAACAUCACUGAGAGCAUGUACUGUGCUUCGGUGCCGGGCCAUAAAGAUGCCUGCUCCGCCGACUCCGGCGGACCUGUGGUCAAUGCCAAUGGCCAUCUGGUGGGUGUUGUCUCCUGGGGCAAGGCGAACCGCUGUGCCCAUGUGGACAGUCCCGGGGUGUACUCCGAUGUGAGCUUCUUAUCCGGCUGGAUCACGGAUACCAUGCGGCGAUUCUGCUAG